AUGCUUUGCUGCUUGUGUCAAAAGGCUCAGAACUGCUUUGCCGGAAAGCCUUCUACACGAAUCUGGCUCGUUGCAAGAUGUUGUGUUGGUGCAUAUCAUGGCCUGGUCAUGUCGGUCCCAUCGCCUCCGGCGCCCCAGACAAACUUCACAUUGGUUUGUGUGCGACGCCUGGAGCAAGAAGUUGUCCCUGAUGGUGGGGAGCUUUCUCUCUCCCAUGACCGCUGCUUGCUUUCACGUGUCGACGGAGAUGGCAGGUGCGUCUGCUACUCUUGCGAUAACACGCGGCCAGAGUUCAGUUUGUCCAAACCAGUGGCUGAGGAGGUCUCCACAUGUGUUUGGCAACACAUACCGGCAGAGACACAGGUAGACUUGUCCAAGAACACUUUGUCAGAGUAUCCUGGCGUGGCAUGCCUGGUGGCUUUGCACCGCGACAAUGCGGCGUUGACUUGUUGCCGCUUCGUGGGCAUCGAGACUGCGGAUGCGGAGGUCAACACAUCCACGGUGGAGCUGGAGCACGAUCCCGAAGAGCUGGAGCGUGGUAUGCCCCUGCUGAAAUGGUCGGAGGAGGAGGUUUUCGGAGAGAGGAGCAGCUCGAAUACGGUCUGGAAGCACUCCGUACCCUUGUUUCUGCUCCUACGGUUGCUUCCAGCGUGCCGUGAACACCUCGCAGCAGCUGCAGCGGCUCUGGCGGCUGAGGAGGCAGAUGCGCUUGACGCAGGUGCUAAGGGAGUGGACACUGCAGCUGAAUGGUACGAAGGCGAGGAGUCGGCAAUAAAGACAUGCAAGAAUCUGCAUGUCCGAAUCAGUGUCGCAACGGCGCAAACGCUUGUUCUGAUCCUCGAUGAUGCUGUUGCCACCGUGCUGAGUUUCAGAUGGAAAGGUGUGUUUGCAACCCACUGUUUCUACAUGCAGCGCUUAUGUCCAUCACCCCAUACAGAUCAGAGGCGGGCAUUGACUCGAUUCUCCGAUGUUCGCACGUGUCGCGACUGGAUUUUCGCAGUGACGCCUCAGCCAUCAGUACGCUUGCUGAAAGCGUCCACGCAGUGCUCAGGGUCGACGGAGGCCAACACGAAGAGCUUGUGCCCAGAUCCCUCUGUGGUUGCUUUCGUUUCAGCUUGGCACAGCAUGUGGCGGGCAGCUCGCUUCCUGGUGAAACAGUCGAAGCACUUGAAGGAAUGGCGCCAGAGGUGGUUCGUUCUGACGCCACAGUACCUUUGCAGUUUCAAGACAAAGGGUGAUUACAGAAGUCCGACCGAGUCUAUCCGAUUGUCAGAAUGCUUCACGGUUCGAUCAGCUGAUGAUCAGAUUGGCAAAGAGAACUCCUUCUGUGUUCAGUCAGUGGAGAGAUCCUUCUUAUUGAUUGCGCCGAAACGAGAUGAGAAAGAGCUUUGGAUCUCUCGCAUCGGGCGGCUCAUGGUUCGUCGAGCUGUCAUGGUAGACCAGGCGCUCGAUUCUGAGAUGACUGUCCAGGUGGUGAGAGGAGAGGUGCAAGGCCUCGUGUACGAGUGGGGCAUCCAGGACAGUUGGCAGCCCAUUCACUUUACGAAGGCCAAGCUUCAGGUACUUGGCUACACGGACAUCACGGUCGAGAAGCUUUCCCGCAACAGGACUCGUUUGAAGCUGCAGCCGACGGUACUGCAGUUGUCAACGGGUUCACAGGCUUGGAACACAGAGGCCAGCAGGCGCGGCAUCACAACUUGGCAUUCUGGUCCCCGGAUGGCCAGCAAACUCCUGCCGGAAGGCGUUCAGGAUGUGGAUGACCUGGUAACGGUGCAUGAGCUGGUCUUGAAGCACAGCCUUGACAAGGUGGGUUUAGGGAACGGCCAGAGCGCUCGCGGUCGCAAGCGCUCUCGGGCCGUUGCGGCGCUCCGCAGGCCCUGCUGGCCCUGA